AUGUCGAGAAGAAGUUCGAGAGAUCAAGCUGAGCACAAUGCAGCAGCACUGCUGCAUGUGGACUUAGUACCUGGCACAGAGAUCAUGCAAGAUGCCGGAGAAGUCCAUUUUGUACAUGGCCCCAAAAGCGGCGAAGUAUUGAUCCCACACCCGUCAACGAGCUAUGAUGAUCCUUUGAAUUGGGCCUUGGUCUGGAAAUACAUGGUCGCACUGGUCCAAGUUAUCUACACCUGGGUCACUGUCGCUUCCGCCCUCUCAAUGGCCCCAAUGUUCCCACUGCUAGGCAAGGAAUUCGGCCUAAAUGAAACCCAACUUGGCAUGCUUACGGGCAGUUGUGUCCUUGCCUUGGGAUAUGCCAACUUCGUGAUUGUCCCUUACUCCAACAUAUUCGGCCGACGGAUGACAUGCAUGCUCUUUGGCAUAUUUGUGAUAUUGACGUGUCUCUGGGAAGCCCUCGCCACUUCAUAUAGCAGCCUGAUUGCUGCCAGGGUCCUCAACGGAUUCGCUACUGCGACGAGUGAGAGCUUGAUGGUUCAGGUCGUCGCAGAUGUAUUCUUCCUCCAUGAAAGAGGGUUUUGGAUGGGCAUGUACUUUACUGCCUACUUUCUUGGUCUCUUCACCGGCCCAAUCAUCUCAGGCAAUAUUGCUGAACGAUGGGGAUGGCGAAGUUUUUUCUGGCUUUCUCUUGCUUUGGCUGCGGUAAUCUUGGUUCUUCUCAUUGUGUGUUUCCCGGAAACCAAAUUCGAGAGAUCCACGCCCGCUGCCCCAGUUGCAGUUGCCCUUGACGCCGACACCACAAACCAGGAAAAGAUAUCAGCCAGUAUUGGGCAGGAGGAUUCGUCAUCGCCGCUCGCCCCUGUGGGCAAAGGCCGACCGUCUCGAUUGCAAUUCAGGUUGUGGCAGAAACCAAGUGCCGAUUGGAAGAGUUUCGUGGUCAGGGAUGUCUUUUCUCCAUUUCAAGUCUUCUUCUUUCCCAUCAUCUUCUGGGCUGGUCUCAACGUCGCGGGACCUGCCAAUCUUCUCUUGCUCUGGAAUUUAACGGAAUCUAAUGUCCUCGGAGCGCCUCCUUACCACUUUAGUGUUUCCGCCGUUGGUUACGCAAACUUUGCUUUCGUGGUCGGUGGGUUAGCCGGCCUCGCUACCGCCGGCCCUGCAUCUGAUUGGAUUGCACAUAAGCUCACCAUUAGGAACGGCGGCGUUCGAGAACCUGAGAUGCGUCUCCCAGCCCUCGCACCAUAUUUCAUGACCAGUGUAGUAGGCAUUGUGGUCGGGGCGGUCGCGAUCCAAAGGCAAUGGAGUUGGCCCAUUCUUCUCAUCAUCGGCUACGGCUUCACAGGACUUUGCGUCACCAGUGUUCCAACAAUUGCGAUAGCCUACGCGGUUGACUGUUACAAACCAAUUGCUGGUGAGAUCAUGGUCGUGGCGACCGUUCUCAAGAAUACGUGUGGUUUCUCCAUGAGUUACUGGGUUUUUGAUCUAGAGGCAAGACAAGGAUUCAUCUCACCGGCUAUGGUAGAGUUUGCAUUGACAAUUGGACCGAUGUUGCUUGCGAUUCCAUUGUUCUUCUUUGGCAAAUCGCUCAGGAGACUGACGAGGAACUCAAAGGUACACGGUCUAGAGCACCAUAGCCUAUAG